AUCUUAAUUAUUAAAACUCUCCGCAUUGGGACGCAUUUUAUCUGAAUGCUACAGAAGAAAUGAAGGUAACAUAGCGUCGGCUUUUGUGUUGAUGUUCGCGGAGCACUUCCGCCAUCUCAGUCCUUGCAGUUCUUUUCCGGCGUGAAGGAGUCGAAGUAAACGCUUCAAGAUGGGUAAGGGAAAUAAUAUGAUCCCGAAUGGGCACUUCCACAAGGACUGGCAGCGUUUCGUCAAAUGCUGGUUCAACCAGCCAGCCCGCAAAUUCCGCAGGCGACAGAAUCGCAUCAAGAAGGCGAAAGCUAUCGCUCCCAAGCCCGCCAAGGGUCCCCUUCGCCCUAUUGUGCGAUGCCCUACCUUCAGGUACCACACCAAGGUUCGUGCCGGACGUGGAUUCACCCUGGACGAAAUUAAGGGUGCUGGUCUCAGUGCAAGAUAUGCACGCACUGUUGGUAUUGCCGUUGAUCACAGGCGUCAUAACAAAUCAGUCGAAGCACUGCAACAGAAUGUUCAGCGCCUGAAGGAAUACAAAUCUAAGCUGAUCCUGUUCCCCAUCAGAGCCAGCAAGAAACUGAGGAAGGGUGAAGCCAGUGAGGAAGAACGUAAGGUUGCUUCUCAGCUGACCACCGAAGUUAUGCCCAUCAAGCAGACCCAGUCGAGGCCCAAGGCUCGCGCUGUCACUGAGGCUGAGAAGAAGUUCUCACCCUACAUCGCCCUUAGGAAGGCUCGUGCCGACGCCAGAUUGGUCGGUAUCCGUGCCAAGCGUAUCAAGGAUGCCGCUGAAAACCCUGAUGACAUCAGCAAGGUUAAGAAGUAAAUGUACUGCUAUAUUAAUAAAUUACAAAGCUAA